AAAGGAGAGUAGGCGGGAUUUGUUUCCAGGAAGUGAGUAACGUGACUCCACGGGCCUCACAGCUAACUCAACUUUUUGCUUGUCAUCUGCACAAGUAACAUCUUAGUAAACCAAUUAUUAUUCUGCAAAUAUGGGUGAUGAUGAAGAAAAGUAUGACGGGAUGUUGCUGGUUAUGGCGCAGCAGCAUGAAGGAGGAGUACAAGAGUUAGUAAACACGUUUUUCAGCUUCCUCCGCCGCAAAACAGAUUUCUUCACCGGUGGCGACUCAGGUGCUGCAGAGACGCUAGUGAAAGAUGCUUACGCCCAUCACAGUAAGCUAGCGCUGAAGGCCCACCAAGAAAAGUUGAUGAAGCAGGAGAAGGAAAAGAAAGAGAAAGCCAAAAGAGCUGCCAAGCUAGCAGAGGAGGAGAUGAAGAAGAAGAAAAACGAAGACGGUCCCAGAAUUCAGGAACUGACCGAUGAAGAAGCAGAGAAACUUCAGUCUGAACUUGACAAGAAAAAGAAAGAAGAGGAGAAAGUAGAGAGUGCAAAGACAAACGCUGACAAGUCAUCUGACAAAGCAGAGAAAGAGAAGGGGUCUGAUUCAGAGGGAGAGGAAGAUGAGAAGGACAAAGAUAAACUGAAGCCUAAUGCAGGAAACGGAGCUGAUCUGCCCAACUACAAGUGGACACAGACUCUGUCUGAAGUUGAUCUCACGGUGCCCUUUGAUGUGAAGUUCCGCAUCAAGGGUAGAGAUGUGGUCGUGGACAUCCAGAGACGCUCCCUCAAAGUGGGCCUGAAGGGACAUCCUCCCAUUAUUGAAGGUCAGCUCUACAACGAGGUGAAGGUAGAAGAAAGCUCCUGGCUCCUCGAUGACGGCAAGGUUGUCGUAGUCCACCUGGAAAAGAUCAAUAAAAUGGAGUGGUGGAACAAGAUCGUUACCACAGAUCCAGAAAUCAACACCAAGAAAAUCUGUCCAGAGAACUCAAAGCUGUCAGACCUGGACGGAGAGACGCGUGGCAUGGUAGAGAAGAUGAUGUAUGACCAGAGGCAGAAAUCAAUGGGUCUGCCUACAUCUGAAGAGCAGAAGAAACAAGACAUUCUUAAAAAGUUCAUGGCUCAGCAUCCAGAGAUGGAUUUCUCCAAAGCUAAAUUCAGCUGAGAAUCACUUCACCUGUAGAAUCCAUGUUGCCUGUGAUUCACGUGAAUCACAACCAGAGCCAGCGUCAGGCAGCAGCCCCUCCCCUCCUUCAUGUGUUUUGAUUUACAUGUCUUAAGUGCAUAUGGGUUCAUGUUGUUUUUUUUUUUUCUGUAAUGCACUCAUUCUCCCUUUGCAUGUCCUGCAAUAUUUAAAGAUGUCUGGAUUUUUUAAAUAAAUGAAUUUAAAAUCA